AUUUACCACGUGACCAAUUGAUGGAUUCAGAAGAACGCAUGAUGUCUCAAAUCCAUGUUUCAGUGGAGUCACUAGUUUAUUUCUGGAAUAUCUGGAAGGAUAAAAUUCUUCGAAUUUUUGAAUAUCUUGAAGGUCUACAAACUCAAGAUGUCAAUGAAUUCACGAGCUAUGGAGAGUUUUGUUUGGAAUAUUUAGGUGUUUUGAAACAAUGCCACAAUUCCCUCACAAACUAUGUCUUGCUCUACUCUGAUGCAGACUGGGCUAGAAAUGUGGAGCAUAUACAUGUCCGGAGUAUUGGAAAUAAGUUAGUGCUUUCUAUUGACGUUGACCAGGUUAUACAUGCUGCCCAGGUCUAUUGGUCUUCACAAGUACUCUCUGUUGGUUUUAAGGUUCUGCACAAGCUAGAAGCCAUUAUCCAUACCUUUGCGACUGAUGCAUAUGAUUCCCUUUCAAGGAAAUGCAUGAUUUUUACUCUUAUCUAUGAGGUCGCACAAUUUCUUUUAGGGUCCAAAAAUCUGAAUAGAACAUGUCAAAAUUCAGAUGAUCUCGAGAAAUUGAUAAGACUGGCAACUGAUUUUUCAGGAUACAUAUUCCCUUUAGAUUGGCAGAAAUCAUUGGGCGAGGACUUUGUUUCUUUUAGAGGAACAGACAUUUGUAAUAAGUUUCUGAAACAAAUGAUUGUUGAACAUUGCAACUCGAGGAAUGAUCUGACUCACAGUCAAGUUGGAAACAUAGCUGUGUUUGUUCUCGGCUCUAGCAGGCUUAAUGAUGAACUAUUUGAGAAGAUUAUGAAAAGGAUGAACCAGAACCUGCCAUGGAAGGCAUUCUUUAAGUGUCUGCAAGGGUCUAGAGGGUCAUACUUUCCAAGCUCAUCUCUUAUUUGUAGGUUUCAUGGUGUUUUGGUGGAUGCAUACAAUGAAAGUUGCAUGAGAGAAUGUGACCCAAUAUCUCCUGGUUUUUUCUUUUAUCUUGUUGAGCGCUUUGUGAUUUGGUUAUCUAUAUCAUUCAAAGGCUACUUCAUUACAACAAAGUCUGCAUUUGUUGAAUGGCUUGUCUAUGAAGAGAUUCAUACUAUGACCACGCCAUGUUUCAACACUUCAGUUGGUUUUCUGCAAUCUGAUCUACCAUUUGUGACCCAUGUUAUCAAGGAAUGCCUUAACAACGAGCAGGAUAUGAUUGAUUGGAUCAACAAAUCUCCCUCAAGAUAUAACAAGUCCUAUUCAUUACUCGUGUCUAGGAUGGUUUUGAUACUUUGUGUGCUUCGAGAAAAUUUCGGAAUGGGUUCAAGUCUACUUUUUGAUUUGUUGGGAAUGCCUAGGAUCACUAAACACCUGCCUUUAAAAUUUUGUGAUAAUCUCAAGUCAUAUUUAGUUGGUUGUGAUGUAACUAUGCUCGCUGAAGCAUUUGAGCAUAUUGGAAAUUCUCUGGUCGUUGUAAGUUUUGGGAUCUCAAAGCCUUGGUUUGAGGAUUUUAAUGUUGUGGAUAUGAGUGUGAAUCGUAGCAAGAAUGACAUAUUAAGAACAUUGUUUCAGAAAAGAGUUAAAGCUUUUACAAGGGAGACAAGUUCUAAGUGUGAGACAAAUCCACCAAUGAGUUUAGGCUUUUGGAAAAUAUUUGAAGCCAUUAACUCUGAAGGAAAGGGAAGCAUAGAUCAAGAGAAUAAGCUUACAUCAAAUGCUCAAAAAAUUAAGGUGCUUUUGGAAAAAUACAUUCGCCUACUCGAGCAAAAUAUCUCAUCAUCUCGUGAUAUGGCUGACAUGGUAUAUGAACUGAAACAACUUUGUGCAGCAUUGGAUGUGAGGGAUAUACGUCUAGUGAAACAACUUGCUAAGAGGGUGCAAUCAAGAAAAGCAGGAAUGGAAGAUUUCUUGAAUCAGUUGUUUCACAAGCAUACCACAGCUCAGGACGGUAGAGCAAAAGUAAAGGAAGGUUGCCACAUCCUCUGAUCGAUGCAUGUUGAACUCGAGUAUAUUUGAAUGUUGUAAUAUAUAUAUAUAUGUGUGUGUGUGUGUUUGACUAAAGAAUAAUGUUUGGAUGGGAUUCUCUUUCGAAGACAGUUCGAGGGUAUUAUUGAUCAUUUUGAGUCUCAGUUUAUGCUUUCUUAGAAUUCAGAAUCCAAGUAAUGGAACGUAUACUUAAAGAACUGAUAUUAGUAUAGCUUUUGUGUAUACACUUUUUCUUAAUCACAAUGAUCAAAUGUGAGUAAAGCUAUAGAACAGUAUUAUUCUUCAGAGAAGCUAGAGUUCUGAAUCAGGGAAAAAUACUCGCAUUUUUAUGGCA